UGACUUGUCUGUGGAGGAUUCUGUUGACCUGAGGUGAAGUCAUCCUUGACCUGUAAUAACAACAUGCAUUUUCAAGUGUCAAGUAUAUUUAUGGAUCAGUAAAUUUGUUAUGAAAGGUAGUAACUUCUGGUGACAUUGUCCAGUUGCCAACAUGUAUCAUUCCUUAUCUGAAACUAGACAUCCCUUGCAAGCCGAAGAACAGGAAGUGGGCAUUGAUCCCUUGUCAGGUUACUCCAAGUCUGGAGGAGAUUCAAAUCAAAAUGGAAGAAGAACAAGUUCCACUUUAGACUCUGAAGGGACUUUUAAUUCCUAUAGAAAAGAAUGGGAAGAACUGUUUGUAAACAACAAUUACUUGGCAACAAUAAGGCAGAAGGGGAUUAAUGGGCAGCUGAGGAGCAGCAGGUUUCGCAGCAUUUGCUGGAAGCUAUUUCUUUGUGUUCUUCCUCAAGACAAAAGUCAGUGGAUAAAUAGAAUUAAAGAAUUAAGAGCAUGGUAUAGCAACAUUAAAGAAAUACAUAUUACAAACCCAAGGAAGGUGGUUGGCCAACAAGAUUUGAUGAUCAAUAAUCCCCUCUCUCAGGAUGAAGGGAGUCUUUGGAACAAAUUCUUCCAGGAUAAAGAGCUUCGAUCAAUGAUUGAACAAGAUGUCAAAAGAACGUUUCCUGAAAUGCAGUUUUUCCAACAAGAAAAUGUGAGAAAAAUUCUUACAGAUGUUCUUUUCUGUUAUGCUAGAGAAAAUGAGCAGUUGCUUUAUAAACAGGGCAUGCACGAGCUGUUAGCACCCAUCGUCUUCACCCUACACUGCGACCACCAGGCCUUUCUGCAUGCCAGUGAGUCCGCACAACCCAGGCAAGAAAUGAAAACUCUGCUGAACCCCGAGUAUCUGGAACAUGAUGCCUAUGCAAUGUUCUCACAACUCAUGGAAACUGCUGAGCCUUGGUUUUCUACUUUUGAGCAUGAUGGUCACAAGGGGAAAGAAACGUUGAUGACUCCUAUUCCCUUUGCUAGACCACAGGAUCUAGGGCCAACAAUUGCAAUUGUUACUAAAGUCAACCAAAUCCAGGAUCAUCUCCUGAAGAAGCAUGAUAUUGAACUCUACAUGCACUUGAACAGACUGGAGAUUGCACCACAGAUAUAUGGCUUACGGUGGGUGCGGCUGCUGUUUGGGAGAGAGUUCCCCCUGCAGGAUCUCCUGGUGGUCUGGGAUGCCUUGUUUGCAGAUGGGCUCAGCCUGAGUUUAGUCGAUUACAUCUUCCUAGCCAUGCUGCUCUACAUCCGAGAUGCUUUGAUCUCCAGCAACUACCAGACGUGCCUGGGCCUCCUGAUGCAGUACCCCCUCAUCGGGGAUGUGCACUCGCUCAUUCUUAAGGCUCUGUUCCUCCGAGAUCCAAAGAGAAACCCAAGACCAGUGACUUAUCAGUUCCAUCCAAAUUUAGAUUAUUACAAAGCACGAGGAGCCGACCUUAUGAAUAAAAGCCGGACCAAUGCCAAAGGUGCUCCCCUGAAUAUAAAUAAAGUCUCUAAUAGCCUGAUUAAUUUCGGAAGAAAGCUCAUUUCCCCAGCAAUGGCCCCGGGUGGGGCAGGCACCCCUGUCCCUGGGGGCAGUGGUGGCAGCACCUCCUCUGGGAUUCCCACCAGAACGUCCAUGGAAGCCCCGAAACAUCACCUGCAGCAGCAGCAGCAGCAGCGGCUGCUGAAGUCAGAGAGCAUGCCAGUGCAACUCAACAAAGAGCAAAGUUCAAAAAACAUCAGUUCGUCUCCAAGCACUGAGAGUUUGCCUGGAGGAAGAGAAUUCACUGGCUCUCCACCUGCCCCUGCCACAAAGAAAGAUUCCUUCUUCAGCAACAUCUCUCGUGCCCGCACACACAGCAAAACUGUGGGCAGAAAAGAGUCUGAAGAAGAAUUAGAAGCCCAGAUUUCCUUUCUUCAAGGACAACUGAAUGACCUUGAUGCCAUGUGCAAGUACUGUGCCAAGGUGAUGGACACCCAUCUUGUAAAUAUUCAAGAUGUGAUAUUACAAGAAAACUUGGAAAAGGAAGAUCAAAUUCUGGUUUCGUUGGCGGGACUGAAGCAGAUCAAAGACAUCCUGAAGGGGUCGCUGCGUUUCAACCAGAGCCAGCUGGAGGCCGAGGAGAACGAGCAGAUCACCAUCUCCGACGACCACUACUGCUCCGGCGGCCAGGGCCGCGGCGGCCCGGUGCCCGGGGCCCCCAGCCAGGGGCGGCAGGCCUCUUCAGAAAUGCUGGCACGCACAGAUGGAGGAAGUUCUGACGACUUCAUCCUGGUGUCCAAAGAAGAUGAGGCGGGCAGUGCCAAGGGGCCCUUCUCAGGCCAGGCCCAGCCUCUUCGCGCCCUCAGAAGCACGUCUGGGAAAAGCCGGGCCCCCGCCUGCUCCCCUCUGGUGUUCACAGACCCGCUGAUGGGCCCAGCCUCUGCCUCCUCCAGCAAUCCCAGCUCCAGCCCUGAGGACGACAGCAGCAAGGACUCAGGCUUCACCGUUGUGAGCCCCCUGGACAUCUGAGCUCAGUGCCCAGCGCUGCCGCCCUCGCCAGCCCCCAUGCCCCCUGGACAUCUGAGCUCAGUGCCCAGCGCUGCCACCCUCGCCAGCUCCCAUGCCCCCUGGACAUCUGAGCUCAGUGCCCAGCGCUGCCGCCCUCACCAGCCCCCAUGCCCCCUGGACAACUGAGCUCAGUGCCCAGUGCUGCCGCCCUUACCAGCCGCCAUGCCCCUCCUGAACAUCUGAGCUCAGUGCCCAGCGCUGCCGCCCUCACCAGCCCCCAUGCCCCCAGGGAGGGCCUCUCAGAAACCAGCGCUUCUUUCCUGUCAUGCAUUUGCCAUUGGCCCAGUCCUUUGGAACCCUUUAGAAAGAAGCAAUACAGCCAGGGCUCACACAGAGCUAGGGCCACCAAAACACAGACAGGACUUUCUGGGCCUUCCCU